CAAGCUAACAGCUUUGGGGCAUCAGAUCACCUAACUGAUUGAUCAACUGCUCAACUGGACAACUGACUGAACCAAAAAAUGAAAUGUUAUCUAUGCAGAAACUCAAGUGCUUCGUUUUAAAGGUGCGCCAAGAUUAAUAGAUCACACCCUCACCUUGUGUGGGCGGGAGUAAACACUUGAAUCUGAAGGGGACUAUGUUUCCACAGGAUCUAAAGUACACAUGCCAUUAUUCAAUGAACUGAAACUCAUUCAGGUUCACAAUUGUCCCUAUGAAGGUCAAGGAGAACAUGCGAAAGGCACGUACGAAACCGAGUGUGUGAGAGAAAGAGUAGGCUAGACAGACCGGGGGGAGCGUGGAAACGAAGAAGGACCGGUAAAGAACUCGAGACGAGACCGGUGCUAAAGCUGAAAUCAUGAUUUCAGAGCCGGGUGUGUCCUGGGGAAAGGACCUGAACGGCGAGGAAGAUCCCAGGAGCAAGGAGGACUCAGACCCAGACGGAGACCCAGUACUGGUGUGGGCUCCCAGCGGCAGACGCCUCAUCUCCGGGCUGCUGGGUCUCAACGUGGUGCUGCUGGGGGCAGCGCUGGUGGCUGGACAGGCCUUCAACCCACAGGGUCUGAAACACCAGGAGCCUCUGGUGUUCAUACUGCUCCUGAUGGGCCUCAGCAUGGGGUGGAUGCUGUGGUACCUGCUGUGGGCCAGGAAGAAACCAGGGAGAUCCCCACACAAAGACCACCAUGCUGGGGGUGCGCCCGUCAGAGUGGUCCUCCUGCUCUUUGCUGCGUUGAGUCUCCUGCUGCAUGUCUUCAGGAUGGGCUACGCCGUCCUGAUGAACGAGUGUUCUCCAGCUGCUAAAGUGAUCUUCCCUUUUGUCGAGGCUCCCUUCCUGGGGCUGCAGAUGUAUUUUCUCUGGGCUCACUCCAAAGACUGCAUUCACAAGCACAAGAUCAUAACCAGGUCUGGCCUCAUGGUGACCCUGAGUGCAGACCUGUUGCUGUGGCUACAUGCCAUCUCAGAAGACACAGUGCACCAGGAGAUUGAGUUAGAAAAGGAUGAUUAUGACAAAGACGAUUUUACCAACACUUCACAUAGCAUUCCAAGCUCCUCAGGUGUGAUCAAUGCGACCAUAUGCAAGUGCAGUGCGAGUGCAGUUUGCCUCGUGUUCCGGAAAGGCUACGAAGUCCUGUACCCCUUCAACAUAGAGUUCUACCUGAUGGCUGGCUGCAUGCUCUACGUCAUGUGGAAGAACGUGGGUCGGAGGGUGAGUCCUGGUCCCCAGCCCCCUCACGGCCAGAAGCUGACCCUACACAUGGUUCGCGAGGGUGGGAUCUUGUUCGGCCCCCUGCUGGGUUUUCUGGUUCUCAUAGCGGGGGCGGCUUCCUUCGUCCUGUAUCAAGUGUGGGUUGACCAACGCCAGCACCGUACCAAAGCCUUCCUCAUAUUCUACGGCUACCAUCUGGCUGUGAUGCCAGUCAUGUCCAUCUGCUGCUUGGCUGGCAUGCUGGUCCACAAGCUGGAGAGGAGAGCCACGGAGGGAGGACACAACCCCACGCGUAGCCUGGACGUGCUCCUCCUGGUGGGGGCCGCCCUGGGCCAGCUGGGCCUGUCCUACUUUUGCGUGGUGGCUGCCCUGGCUUUGGGGCCUAGCGGGGCCCUGGGAAGCCUGGACCUCGCCUACUCCCUCCUCAGCUUACUGGAGCUUCUGCUCCAGAAAAUCUUCAUCAUCGAGGGCCUCCACAGACAUCCCAGUCUGGCCCUCGCCAAAAGCAAAGAAAGAAAGAGAAGCAGCAUAUUCAAGCUGAAAAGGAAAGACAACGGGGAGAUGAGCGAAGUCAGUCCGUCGAUAGACAUCUGCAUCGCAGAGGGAGGAAGUGCAUCUGCCCCACCAGCUGAGACGCAGGGGGGGAGGGGCAAAGCGCCCUGGACCAAGAGGGCCAUGCAGGAGAUCUGUGCCUUUCUCAUUCUGUCAAACAUCAUGCUGUGGGUCAUCCCUGCCUUCGGGGCCAACCCCCAGUUUGAGAACGGUUUGGGGAAGAAGUUCUUUGGAUUCACCGCCUGGUUCGUGCUGGUCAACCUGGGCCAGCCCCUGGGGGUCUUCUACAGGAUGCACUCUGUGGGAGCCCUGGUGGAGCUGCUGAUCACUGCCUGAACACCACAUUACUGACCCCUACUGGAGGGAGGGACACUUUAUCUGAAUGUUAAAUGUUGAAAAAUGCUGUAUGUAGAUCGUCAGUUAAA